CUCUUCGUUCAUUUCCGCUGGUCGUCCGUAUGGAAACAUGGCGAUGGGCUCCUUACGAAACUCCGUGCCCUUGCUGUUGUUAUUUAGCAGAAGGAUAUACCGCCCGGAGCUGAAUGCUGUUUGCCUGUAUCACAAAAAGGUUGUGGACCACUACGAGAACCCGAGGAAUGUGGGUUCUCUGGAUAAAAAGUCCAAGAAUGUGGGGACUGGACUGGUGGGCGCACCAGCCUGUGGAGAUGUGAUGAAACUUCAGAUUGAAGUGGAUGAAAAUGGCAAGAUCGUGGACGCAAAGUUCAAAACGUUUGGCUGCGGAUCAGCCAUCGCCUCCAGUUCUCUGGCUACAGAGUGGGUGAAGGGGAAGACGGUGGACGACGCUCUGAAGAUCAAGAACACAGACAUCGCCAAAGAGCUCUGUCUUCCUCCUGUCAAACUUCAUUGUUCUAUGCUCGCAGAAGAUGCCAUCAGAGCCGCGCUGUCAGACUACAGACUGAAGCAGCAGGAUAAGGAAGAGGAACGUGCCAAAGCCAGCAGCUAAUACGCUGGAAAUAAUAAUCCUUGGUGGUUUAUUUCACUGAUAUUUCAGCACCAGCUAAUGACCCACAGCGAAGUCGAGCCGUGUGGAAGAUAAGUUACAAUAAUCGACUGCAGCAGGUUUUGCAUCUUCAGGAGAGGUUUUUGCUCCUUUUCUCAAAUGGCUGUUUGUAUCCAUAUCUUUGAAUUUAAAACAGGAUUUCUAUCAUUUUAAGGUGGCACAUGGAAUUUUUUUCUCACAAAAAAACUAAGAAAUGUUUCACUGAUGUGUUCUCAUGCUGGAGGUUCAUGAUGGGCCAUAAUUUUGGACAGUGGAGUUGAACUCUUCCCAUUCUUCUUUCAUUUUAUGCACAGACCACAACAGGGAUUCUAAACAAAUCAGGGUUAAUUUCUUUGAGAUUCGUUUGCUCUUGUGUGUUUCGGCUUGUGAAACAUUUGGUGUGAAAAUGCUUGUCAGGUCAACAGAUUCUGCAUUCAAAACCAAACCACAACAUUGUGCAAGACGGUUUUCUUUCCUGUGAACUAAAUAAAACAUUUUUAUUGUGC